UGGCUCACUCAGCAAACACGUAAUGAAUAAGGGAGAGUAUGAUCAACAGCAGAAGGUGGGAACAUAUCAGAGACGUCCUUCGUCAACUGAGUGUCUAUGCUGGAAUGACUGAGUUCUCGAAAGGUAUGGUAUGAGCAUGCAGCUCUGCAGGGAGUGUAUGCUAGGAAGGUUUUUUUUAGAAGGGCAACGACUGUCGGGAUAUCAUUGAAGUUUAUUGAGCUGAUCGGCCCCAGAUAAUUCAGAGUCAGUUUAUUCGCUUGAGUUGAUUGCAUCUGGAUUUGAACUUGGGUCUGUAUUUCAACAGUUAGUGGGUGUACCAACUGAGAAAAUGUGAAAGAGGACCGAGGUUGUGUGGAGAACGUCAUCCAGCGCAAGACGGUGAUCGUGAUGACGAGAUGGAAAAGGUGGGAGAAGAGAAUCGAUCGAUCGAAGAGAAGUACAACCUCGCCUUUGGUGGGAAGAUCCGAAAUAGCCCCAGAGUCAGAUACGUCUUACAAGGAGGGAAUGCCAUGCGUGUGAGGCAGGAAGCAAGGCAGUCCAAAAUUCUCAUACCGAGAUCUGGAUCGCCGCCUCCUCCAUCAUCCCAGACUUUUCAGAAGCUAUCGAAUUUUUUUUCUGGAAUGUGGCGCCACAUAAGGAAGCCCUAAGGUUACGUAAGUGUUUCUCACAGCAGGCAUCGACAAUGGCAAAGGCAACGUGGGAAACGUUGAUGACCAUGGAAGGAUACACCAGAUACAAGUCCCGUUUGAAGUUUGGCUCUAAGAGAAGGGCCAUGUCCUUGCAGGAAGUGAGCGAUAUGAUAUUAAAGGGCCUCCCAGCAUUCCAGUCCCUAGCACCUGGAUGCCACAGCUUACGUGUUUUGACAGACUGCAAAUGCGAAGGCGGACCGAGAUUGUGUGGAGUAUGCCAUCCGGCGGCUCAAGAUGAUGAACACGAUGACGAGAUGGAAAAGGUGGGAGACGAGAGUCGAUCCCUAGAUGAGAAGUACAACCUCGCCUUUGGUGGAAAGAUCCGCAACAGCCCCCGAGUCAGAUACGUCUUACAAGGCGGGAUGGCCAUGCGUGUGAGGCAGGCAGCAUUGCAGUCCAAAACUCUCACGUCAAGAUCUGUAUCACCUCAACCCUCAUCCCAAAAUUGUCAUAAGCUAUCGAAAACAUGUUUGGCAUGUGGCGCCCUUGUUCACUAUGCGGAUGACCCUGGCACUGGUCUACUCCAGUUCUACAGAGGAGGAUAUGGUCUGCAGGUAACUUCUUCAUUAAACCCUGUUCAAGAGAAAUUAGACACCGAGAACAAGCAACAGCCUGAGACGACUGAUAAUAAGGCCAUUCAGUUGCCGCUAGGUGGACGCCAACCAGUCCUAGUCGGGAGAUGGAGGGCAUCGCACUUUAUGCACCGGAAAGCCAUUUCAGCACCUGAUACUCCUCUAACAAAACUUGAUGUUUCCGCAUCGACCUUGUCCCGCAAGUUGAAUUGGCAGUCAAUGCUGCCAUCAUACCCCAGCAGAGAUAAUCUUACUGAAACCAGGGAAAACACAACGGGAAACCUCAGAAUCAUUGGUUGUGUAGAAUCCCAGGAUGUAGUCAUGACUCCUAUGCCUUGUGAUGAAGAAGACUCUCGUGGAGCAAAACCAGUGUCCCCCCUCGUCAGUACCGAGUCUUCCUGGCAGGCACCACAAAAGCAGCUUUCUCGUGAAAUGGAGACUGAGAAAGAUUCGCCUGAACAACACAGCAUGUGGAAGGCUAAUGAAGACUCUCUUGGAGCAAAACCAGCGUCCCCCCUCGUCAGUACUGACUCUUCCCGGCAGGGACCACCAAAGCAUCUAGCUCGUGAAAUGGAGCUUGAGAAAGAAGCACCUGAACAGCACAGCAUGCGGAAGGCUAAUGAAGACUCUGUUGCAGCAAAACCAGUUUCCCCCCUCGUCAGUACUGAGUCUAACUGCCAAGCAUCACCUCGGAAGCAGCUAUCUCGUGAAAUGGAGCUUGAGAAAGAUGUGCCUGAACAGCACAGCAUGUGGAAGGCUAAUGAAGACUCUGUUGCAGGAAAACCAAUGUCCCCCCUCGUCAGUACUGAGUCUUCCAGGCAGGGACCACUGAAGCAGCUAUCUCGUGAAAUGGAGCUUGAGAAAGAUGUGCCUGAACAGCACGGCAUGUGGAAGGCUAAUGAAGACUCUCUUGGAGCAAAACCAGCGUCCCCCCUCGUCAGUACUGACUCUUCCUGCCAGGCACCACUGAAGCAGCUGUCUCGUGAAAUGGAGCUUGAGAAAGAUGUGCCUGAACAGCACAGCAUGCGGAAGGCUAAUGAAGGCUCUCUUGCAGCAAAACCAGCAUCCCCCCUCAUCAGUGCAAAGCAGCUGUCUCGUGAAAUGGAGCUCGAGAAAGAUUCGCCUGAACAGCACAGCAUGUGGAAGGCUAAAGAAGACUCUCUUGCAGCGGAACCAGCAUUCCCUCUCGUCAGUGCUGAUUCUUCCUGCCAGGCACCACCAAAGCGGCUAGCUCAUGAAAUGGAGCUCGAAAAAGAUGCGCCUGAACAGCACAGCAUGUGGAAGGCUCUCAAGAGCUUAGCCUUAAAAAUCACAGGUGCAGCGCAUGAGAUAAAACAGAGCAAGACGUCAUCGACAGGGAUUUUGAUGCCUCAAUUAAAGAGGAGUGGCCGGUCAGAGGCCUCCGGGAACAGACAAUCCGAUGGUACAAAGCGAGACCACACAAGUAGAAUUCACCAAGGAAUGAACAUGAAAAAGACCACUGAUUCAGGGACCAAUGAGUACAUGACAUCAUCGGUAACCUUCUCUAAAUCACAAGCAGGGACGUACGUGACCGCCGACUCCACCAAGAACAGUGACCCUACCAGAAAGAACAUCGGGAUAUCGAGGUCUUUUACCCUAGGUGUCCAUGUGAACAGUCCGCCCAUUGAGUGCCACAAGCUUGCAAGAACACGAAACAAAGUAUUUAAGGAGAGCCAGAUCUUCAAGGACAUGUUUACUUCCUACUGGCCAUGGGCAGGAAACCCUGAUGGCUCUCUAGAGUUGUAUAUUAUUUGGAAGAACCAUGAUUAACUGAUCAGUCACUGUGAGGUGGACCAAGGGAUCUGCACUGGUUAAUUUUCUCAAGUUCCAGAAAUCAGACAGCAAAACCCCUUAGAACACUUCCUCAACAUCCAAUAGCAACCUCCUUCAGAGCAAGUACAUUCCCAAACAAAGCCCUUCAGAAUAC